GUUUGCAGUAAAAUUUUCACUUUGGAAUGUAAUCAACUAAUUCCAAUAGUAAAAUCAAUAUUUCUGGCAAGAUUCAGUUGAAAUAUUAUCCGAUACGUACCAUAUUUGAAGCGAGCCAACAGUCAUCAUGGGAAAUACUGAUACCAAAUUGAAUUUUCGCAAAGCUAUUGUGCAACUUACCAGCAAGAGUCAGCCGAUCGAUGCAAGUGAUGACGCAUUUUGGGAACAGUUUUGGUAUGAGCAUAGUACCUCGGUGCAAGAUGUUUUCGCACUUAUCCCUUCGAAUGAGAUACGAAAAGUUCGUGAUGUGAUGCCAGCAAACUUGGCCACUCUGUGUUAUAAAGCAACUGAACGUCUGGUCCGAGCGGUAGACAAUAGUUGCCGUACGCAAGGCGAGCAACAAACUGUGCUUAACUGUAUACGACUGUUAAAUCGCAUCCUGCCUUAUAUAUUCGAAGACCCUCAGUGGAAGGACUUUUUCUGGUCUUCUCUUCCGUCUGGAAAUGAGAAAGAAGAUGGUGCUGCCCCAUUGGCACAAAGCUUAUUGAACGCAAUCUGCGACUUGCUAUUUUGUCCGGAUUUUACUGUCGUCGGCUUGCGCAAAUCCGGCCCUGAGAAGGCUGAAGAAUUAAACUCGAUCGAUAGCUGCGAGUAUAUUUGGGAAGCCGGAGUAGGCUUCGCUCAGUCCCCACCAAGAAACGGACCGAUGGAUUCACGAAGGACUGAAUUAUUAAAACUUCUACUGACUUGCUUUAGUGAAACCAUGUAUCGUGCUCCAACAAUGAGUGACGAACCGAACAAGUGGAUUGUUCAUUUCACGAGUGCUGAAAAUCGGCAUGCUUUACCGCUUUUUACGUCCCUACUCAACACCGUUUGUGCAUACGAUCCGGUCGGAAUAGGUGUUCCGUACAAUCACCUUCUGUUUACUGAUACAUUAGAACCGUUGGUAGAAGUUUGUUUGCAGAUUCUGAUCGUUACAUUGGACCAUGACAUAACUAGUAAUUCUCCGACACAGUCUGCUUCUUACUCUCAUGACGAUAGCACUAUUGCUGACAACCUUUUUAUUAACUAUCUUUCGCGCAUUCAUCGAGAUGAUGAUUUUCAUUUUAUCCUGAAAGGCGUUACUCGAUUACUCAAUAAUCCGCUGGUCCAAAGUUACCUGCCUAACUCUACCAAACGGCUACACUGCCAUCAAGAGUUGCUAGUGUUUUUCUGGAAAAUUUGCGAUUACAAUAAGAAAUUUCUGUACUUCGUGCUAAAGAGCAGCGACGUGUUGGACAUCCUUGUUCCAAUUCUAUAUCAUUUAAACGACUCUCGUGCUGAUCAAUCUCGUGUCGGUCUGAUGCACAUUGGUGUGUUUAUUUUGCUGCUCUUGUCAGGCGAGCGUAACUUUGGAGUAAGGCUCAACAAACCGUACACCGCUACGGUUCCCAUGGACAUUCCCGUCUUUACUGGAACGCACGCCGACUUACUGAUCACGGUGUUCCAUAAAAUCAUCGCUACCGGGCACCAACGCCUACAACCACUGUUCGACUGUUUGCUUACCAUUCUGGUUAAUGUUUCUCCUUAUUUGAAGACCCUCUCGAUGGUGGCCAGCGUUAAGCUGCUGCACUUGCUAGAAGCAUUUAGUACACCGUGGUUUCUUUAUUCAGCCCCGUCCAAUCAUCAUUUGGUAUUUUUCCUGUUGGAAAUAUUCAAUAACAUCAUUCAAUACCAGUUUGACGGCAAUUCUAAUCUAGUUUACACCAUCAUUCGCAAAAGGCAGGUUUUCCACGCCCUUGCCAAUUUACCAACGGAUUCUGCUGGAAUUUCACGUUGCAUAAAUAACAGAAAAAGUGGAAAACUAAAUAAUUCUAGUCACGGAAACAACCGUUUGGAACAUCGCAAUGUAAAUAACAAACAAGUGCUUUCUUCUGUAGCAGGCGCAGGAGAUGAAAGUGAAGAAGACAUCACUGUGAGAACUGGUCAAUUAUCGGUUGGUAAUCAACAGCACUCCGACGAGGACGAGUCGGACAGUCGGAGUGAAAUUGUGGAAGAGUCAAUGGAAGGUUCGCGACCAGCACAGCCUGCCGAACCGGGAACGUUAAAAGCUACUCUUCUAGAUACACCAGACAUUACCCAAAUAACGGAACGAGAGUCGGCUCAUCCCACGGGAGAUGCAGCUAGUGCUUCUCCCGUUGAACCGGUAGUCAAUGUUGUGUCCGAACCGGAUAAGAAAGGUUCCCCGAAGGGAUCACCGAGCAAGGAACAACCUUCGCCAAUUAAGCGUUCCGUAGCGCAGCGAGGUAGUAUUCGAGUCACACCGGCAACAGCGCAGCAUGGGGCUCAAUCAAAAACGUGGCAACCCUCUUCGGAAUGGGUGCAAUCAUGGAGAUCAAAAUUACCUUUGCAAACUAUCAUGCGGCUCUUGCAGGUGCUAGUGCCUCAGGUUGAAAAGAUCUGUAUCGAUAAGGGACUAACCGACGAGUCGGAAAUACUGAAGUUCCUACAGCACGGAACGCUGGUCGGCUUGCUACCAGUACCACAUCCUAUUCUAAUACGAAAGUAUCAAGCAAACGGUGGCACAACAGCCUGGUUUCGUACUUAUAUGUGGGGUGUUAUCUAUUUACGAAAUGUAGAUCCUGCCAUUUGGUAUGACACUGAGGUAAAGUUAUUUGAAAUUCAACGCGUUUAAGAGACAAAGUAAGUACAUUAUUAAUCACUGAGAAAUAACUAUUAAUGUAAAAGUUACAACAAAUACUAAGUUUAAAAUACAGUCAUAUAUCAAAGUUUUCACUAAAAAAGUAAAUGAGUUAGACCCUUUCGUGCUAUCGUCUGAACUAAAAUAACUUUCCAGCUGUAUUCAAGGAUAGUUUUAAUGUAUAUUAAUGGACAGCGACAAAUAGCAACACAUUUUUUUUUUAAUCCCGCUUUCUGAGCGACCGCAACCUUACAAAUAACUAGGUAAAAUUUUAUAGAUCCCAAUCCACAAAAAUAUAAGCAUUUUGGUGAUCGCUGAGUUUACACCUUGCCUAACCGCGUUGAGCAUUAAACUGCCUGAUAUUGCUUGUAUUGUCGUUUGGAAGCGCUAAUUUUCCUCCUGAGCACAUCUUGUUUAUUAUUGAAGCAUUCCGAUGAGCUAUUUUAUAAUGAGCGUUCAAGACUAAUUAAAAUCACAAUAGAUAAGAAGUCGUCUAUUUUUGAUUAGAACAAAGAGUACUAUUAUACACAUUGUGCAAUUGUCAAAAACCAUAUUGAUCCUCUAUGGGCCGAAAUAAGAGAGAAAAAACAAUGACAAAUAACAAGCAGUCAGUAAUUCUUAACAAGCCUUUAAAUAAUAAUAAAAAACACAUGUUUAUGUUUAAUAAAAACUCACAGUGAACCAUUGAACAUGCUGCGUUGAAACCAGAAAAUAUAUUCAAAAUUAAAAACUCUAUUUUUAACCCCUUUUAUACUGCUGCAGCGUAGCGUUUAUUUACGGUCGUAAUUUUGUUAUAUGUAACAUAUAAAUUUUGAGUAAAAGAACACAACACCUUAGUCUUCGCGACACUGCUAUGAAAUGAGUUAACCAAGAAAUUUCAUGGGCCCAUAGAUGGUAGUAUUAUUUUAAAACAAAAUAUACAAAACCAUGGUUUGUACUAUGCUUCUCAGUGAUGUGAUCUAUCAAAGUAUAACAGUCUAUGAUCAAAAAUAUAAAAAUAA